UGCUCCCAGCAACUACUUCACAAAAGCUAUUGCUUGCUUUCUCAUUUCCCCAUCUGCAAACUGAUAUAUUUGAAGUUUAACGCCCGCCUCUCUCCCCCUCUUUCAGGAAUGAGCACAUUUCCCUUUUAGCUGCAUUGAGAGUGUAUUUUUUUUUCUCCUGGGUUUUCUAUCUGUCCCAGUUUUGUCCGCCUGCAUCCCUUGUUAUUCCUGGAUUUGUCAUUUCAUACAGCUCUGCUUCCCUGCUGGUCCAUUCUACUAAGAAAAAGGAUUUUCCCCAUGUUGCUAAGAGACAUUAUGGAGUUUGCCAGGCUGUACUUGAGUUGUGUGUCCUUCUGUGCCGUACUUCAGGGUAUUGAGCCCCAGAGUUUCAUGAUAAAGAAUGUUCUUCAGGAUAAAUGCAUCCAUGCACCUCAUGAAAAUGGAAAGGUCUCCCUGACUGCAUGCAAACAGAAUGUCCUUCACCAGCAAUGGAUUUGGGAUUUGGAUUCCGCCUCUAUCAUAAACGCAAAGAGCAAGCUGUGUCUCACAGUUCAGAAAGUUAGUGAAUCGGCCUCGCUCAAGAUGCAGCCCUGCAAACAGACAGCUCUUCAAGCUUGGAGCUGUGAUAAAGCAGGCCACCUAACUCUUAAGGGUCACAAUCUAUAUCUCAGCACCAACGUUGGCACCAAGAAGGUCUUACUCUCUAAGAACCAAGAUAAGUUCAGCAGGUGGCAGACACCAUGGGGUUCACCAAUCUGCAAGGAAUUUAUAAAACCUACUAUGGAUUAUGAACCAAAAACAACACUAGAACCACAUGAGGUCACUAAAGAGGUCACUAAAGAGGUCAACAAAGAGGUCUAUGAAUCUAAUUUCACCAGUACCACGGAGACCAUGAUAACUCUUCACAUCACCCCUAAUGUGGUAAAGAUUGUUUCAUCAACAGAGAAUCCAGGACACAGUAACAUGGAUGACAAUGGUGACAAUGACAAUGGUGUCCAUGACCAACAGUUUUUGGGUGUGGAAGCAAAGCGAAUUGAGACGGAUUAUGAAACCAUUCAACAUGGAAGUACAUGGCAGACAGUGAUGUUGAUCCUAUGUCCAUUUGCUUUGAUGCUGGGAGGAAUGAUACUGGCAUUAAACAUCCGUAACAAUAAAAAAAGAAAGCUACUCUCGGCCAUGCCCAGUCAUUCCAAAGCUCUUCAUAAAGGAGGUCCUGUGUACACACAGUGUCCUAUCACUGAGAAAGUAGAGGGCUCCAUGUGCACAGAACCAUUCCCCCAAGCAUCCACAUUGAGACAUGGAGAGAUCCUGAUUGAAUGGAAGGAUGGAACAGUCACACCACUAUUUGACCCCCAACAAAACUAACAAAGAAACACAAAUAAGAAUAAUCAACUAACGUUAAACAUUUUCCAACAUUGGCUUUUCUUUAUGACCCCCAUGAAAACACGUACAACCUGGACAUCUGAAAGAUCACCUAAAUAUUGGAAAAUUCUGACUGCAGAAAAACCAGCUGCAACCUUGUUAUAUGUUAUAAAUGUUCUAGCGUGUUGAAGCACAGUAAGAUAUUACAGAUCACAUUUGCUAGUCACUUGUGGAAUUCACUGCAGUACUUAUCAGACUACGCCUGGUCCACCAGACAACUACUGCAGAACAAUAUUGAAUAACGGACAUAGCUAGCCUGGAAAUAGUAACAAGAAAGCAUCAACCUAUGGGAAUUAAAUCCCAUCUCUCUUAUUAUAGCACAAGAGGAAGGCUGCCAAUUUUUGCCAGGGGGAAUGCAUAUAAAACACCAAGAUAUAGUAUGGUCCUAGUCACGCAAAACAUGUGAUGGAUAUGACUGAUGAAAGCUGCUGGAGUUGUGAGAUGUGGUAAUAUUUAUGCCUGUGAACUCAACCCUACACAGCAUAAAGGAGCACACGGAACAGACACACGGGGAGCUCUAUCAGUGUUCUGUUCUAAAAAAAAAUGGUCUAAUGUACUAAAACUGUGUCAAUCUCCAUGGAAAUCAGUGGAACCACCAGAUACCUUCCAUUGGUCACUAAUACUUUGAGGUCACUUAUAAACACCUCCAAGAACAUCAUACAUUAACAUCAUAGUGUGGUUCCUUAUUAAUAGGCUCCUCCAAGCAGUAUGGCUGCUUCAGUGAUUUGAAGUGAUUCUGGUGCUUGGAGUUUGUUUGUGCAGCCUUUCCAGUUUGAAACACUGCACAUACCAAAAAAUAUUGAACAAAACAGUGACAUAUGCUGAUAAACAAUUAGCAAAUGUUAAAGGAACACUGUAGCGUUAGGAAUACAAACUUUAUUCCUAACACUAUAGCAUCCCCACUUCCAGCAAAUGAAAGGUUAAAAAUAUUUUUUCCACCUAUCUGAUCACGACAAUCUGGGAACCUAGUGCGCAUGAGCGGUGAGCUGUGUGCGCAUUAGGCCUUCCCUAUAGGAAAGCACUGAAUGAAUGGGUUUCCUAUGGUUUUUUUCAAGACACUGGAUGUUCUUGUGCAUAGCGAGAGGACGUCCAGUGUCGUUAAACUCUAUAAAACUGCAGGAAACCCCUCUGUCUGGGAGGCUCCCACCAGAGGCAGUCUUAACUUUGCAAUGUUAAUAUUGCAAUUUCACUAAAAUUGCAUUGGUUUACAUUGAAGGGUUAAGGGGACCUGACCACUUCAAUGAGAUGUGCCUUUAAAGGGACACUAUAGACCCCUUAAGCAUUUCAGCUUGAUGAUGGGCUUUAUGUUUGAAGAGUCUGUCCUCUUUUUUCAUUUUACAAAAAGUGCAGAUUUCAAUAGAAAUUGGUGUAUGUAUAAGUUAACCUUGUUACAUCCCACUGGCUGUCAGCCACACAACCGGUCCUGUUACUUUAUGGUUUACUUCCUGCCACUUUUGAAAGUUGUUUUUAGAUGUACCCCAAUAAAACAUUAAUAAUGAAAUGCAUGUAUGUUUUCACUGGGAGUAUAUCAACUAAACAGUGAUUACUAUUUUUUUUUUUUGUAUUUGGGCAGCUGAGGGCCCCUUUAAUUCAAAACAGCAUUAUUGGAAAAAUGGAUAAAUAUUGUGUUUUAAUGUAAUCACUGAAUCUGGUGUUGUGGAGAAUUAACAGGGGAGUUACAAAAUAUAUGCCCAAAAAAAUGGAAAAACAAGUUAGAUAGCUUUGCCAAUUUGGUACUACUUAUAUACUUUUAAUUUAACCAAAAAUUACUAGAAAAAAAAACAAAAAAAAAACAGUAAACAUUACAGAUGAGUUUAAAUGAUCAUUAUAUGUCGAGUUAAAACCUUUAUUUACUGUAUUAUAGCACCAACAUACUCCAGUGAGCAGUACAAUAUAGGUAUAGGGUAAAAAUUGUUUAUUUGGUUAAAUAUAGCCAAUUUGUUUUAAUGCAUUAAAAUAUUAGCAAAAGAUACAAUUAAAAAUAAAGUCACUAACCUUUUUUAAAAGUGUUCCUUAGUACACUACAGCUACAGGCAGCCCCCACGCCAGGAUACAAUGCAGCCAUCAAAAGCAUACCAUUCUAAGGAGACUGGUCUUAUCUGUGUCCAAUCAGCAUUCUGAUAUCAGUUUACAGAGUCAGUUCAAUGUUUAAUGAACCAGGCUGUGUUUUAAUAUGAGAAAAUAUGCAGUUUGUGGCUCGGCUCGCUUACUCUUACCUUAUCUCUGUCUCUAUGUGAAUAUGCUCAACAACUUAAUCCAAAUAAACAGAGUACAUUUAUUUCUUCUCUUUAAAAAAAAAAACACAGACUGACUCAAAUUACAACACACCAUCUCAUAGCAUGCAAUGAAUGAAACCACAGUCAAACAUCAAGAACUGUCACAAGGACAGGACCGUUACUAAUCUGGAAACAGGCUGGAGUGACAGAUAUUUAAAUAUAUCAGAAAAUAUCUGCACACUAUAGAAGGCAAAUCCUUCAAUAUAAAAGAAGGCUGUAAAACAUGCAUGUAGAUAUUAAAGCAAUAGUACAAAAGAUUGGACUGGGCAUGGGUAUGUUGUCCAAGGCAGAUUUUAUUGGAUAGGAUAGAGCAACAUUUUGGGUAAAAAAAAAAAAGGAACCAUAACCAUUUCUGUAAGAUGAGGAGAUUAUGGAGCUUAGAGUGACCAUUUAACUGCUGGAAAAUGGUGUACAUUGAACUUACCAAAAUUAUGUUUUGCACCCUGGAUAAGAGCACAGUAUAUGAACUAUAAAAUAAAUGUUUUCUUUGUAGCUUA